AGCUUCAUGAGCAGCAUGGCGCCGAGGAGUCGCGGUCGGCUGGAAGGGGAGGAUAGGACCGGGCUACUGCUCGGGGAAGACAGUCGGGGGUUCGCGGAUGGUACGCCGUCGAGGAGGCGGAGCUCGUUUGGGCUUGACGACGACUACGUGCAAUUUUUUGGGCUCGGCGAGGAUGAGAAGCAGCCGAGCAUCGGCGGCGGUGAAAGCGCGGAGGCAAAGGACCGUUGGACCAGCCAGCGUUGCAGCGGGAGGUGGGGGGACAGCCAGGAGAGCUUUGUCCUGGGCGUGAACGAUCCGAACAGCCCGAAGCGGAUGAGCCCGAUGUCGAGCUUGGACGGGGCGACGAAGGCCGAGCUGAGG